AAACCAGUCCAUCUCUUCCGACUGAACACAUAUCCACCAAAUCUCCGGCCAAGACUUUAGCCAUGGGUGAAGCAGCGCCUCAUAUCGCCGUUCUGCCGUCGCCGGGGAUGAGUCACCUCAUCUCCCUCGGCGAGUUCGCUAAACGCCUCGUCCAGAAGCUUAGCUACUCUGUUACCAUCAUCCUCCCCACCUACGGUCCCCUGUCAGGCGCCCAGAAGUCUUUCCUGGACUCUCUCCCCGCCGGAAUCUCCCACCUCAUCCUGCCCGCCAUCAGCCUCGACGACCUCCCUCCCUCCGCCGGCCUCGAGACCCGGAUCUCGCUCACCGUUUCCCGCUCCCUCCCGGUCAUCCGCGACGCCCUCAAAUCCCUCACCGCCACCACCAACCUUGCCGCCUUGGUCGUCGACGUCUUCGGCACUGACACCUUCGACGUCGCCAGAGAGUUCAAUGUCUCUCCUUACGUCUACUUCCUCUCCACCGCCAUGUCUCUGUCCGUGCUUUUUCACUUGCAGACCCUCGACGAGACGGUUUCCUGCGAGUUCAGGGAGAUGAAGGAACCCGUUCAGAUACCCGGUGUUAUCCCGUUCCAUGGGCGAGAUCUGCUCUACCCGGUUCAGGACCGGAAGAAUGACACCUACAAAUGGUUUCUCCACCACGCCAAGAGGUACCAUUUGGCCGAGGGAAUCAUGAUCAACACCUGCCGCGACUUGGAGCCCGGCCCGAUCAAGGCCCUACAGCAACCCGGAAAGCCACCCAUUUACCCGAUCGGACCCAUCAUCCAGGUGGAAUCCGGCGGCGGCGCCGACGGCUCGAAGUGCUUGCAGUGGCUGGACAAGCAACCAAGCAGAUCGGUUCUGUUCGUUUCGUUCGGCUCGGGCGGAACCCUCUCCCAUGAGCAAAUCACUGAGUUGGCACUAGGUCUCGAACUCAGCGGGCAGAGGUUUCUCUGGGUAGCUAAGGCGCCGGACAAGAGCGCCGACGGCGCGUACUUCACGGCGGAGAGCCUGCAGAGCGAUCCGUUGGCUUUCUUGCCAAAAGGGUUCGUGGAAAGAACCAAAGAUCGUGGUUUCGUGAUCACCACCUGGGCGCCGCAAAUCCAGGUCCUCGGGCACGGAUCCACGGGCGGGUUCUUGACCCAUUGCGGCUGGAACUCGAUCCUCGAGAACAUAUUGCACGGCCACGGCGUCCCGUUCAUUGCGUGGCCGCUCUUCGCCGAGCAGAACAUGAACGCCGUGCUGGUGACCGACGACCUGAAAGUGGCGGUGAGGCCGAAGGCCGGCGAGAAAGGGCUGGUCGGACGAGAGGAGAUAGCGAAGGUGGCGACGGCGGUGAUCGCCGGAGAUGAAGCCGGCGCGUACAGGCAGAGAAUGAAGGAGUUGAAGGGGUUUGCGGUGAAGACGUUGGGCGAAGACGGCGAUUCGACCAAGGCGUUGUACGAGGUGGCGAACAAGUGGAAGAAUCACUAGGAAAUGAGUUAGAAUAGAGGAGGAGGAGUUCAGACCUUGCUGUGUGCGGCGCGGCCAUGACUCUGUUUACGAAGCUUUUUGGCCAUCUUUCUUCUUUACUUUAUUUUUAGGUUAAUUAACCAUGUGUUUGGAUUCAACUGGUUCAAUAAACUUUUUGUUUUUGUUA